UUUAUCUGUGAUCAGAAGCAAAAAUGACUUCUUCCGAACUACUGGUAGUAUAGACUCCAGUGGCAACUAGUGGGCAAUCCACAAAGUGGCACAAGUAUAAAUUCCAGCGAGUCCACUUAGCAGCGCCUUACCCACAGGGUUGCCAGGUUUUCAUUUCAAAACCAGCCAAAGACUAUCAAAAAACUAGCCAAAAAGUAGCCAAAAGCCAUUUUAAAAGUAGCCCAAUUCUUAAACUUACAAAUCUUAAUAAGAACAUCCUGCAGCUGUUGGUGCAACUACAACUCCCAGCAUCCCUGGCUGCGUGCAUGUGUAUUGGAAGUUGCAGUUGGGUGCAAGAGCUGGAGGUUGGGCAUUGCUGCUGGAGUCAGACAUGAUCAGUAAGAAAACUGGGAUAUACACUGACAUAUAUAAGAGACAUACGCGGAAAAGGGAGGCAGCGGCAUGUACUCACCCUGUCCCUGUACCAGGAACCCCUCAGUGACUUCUAAUAUCCUUAUCAUUUACAGUAGGGGGUACAUUAUCCCUUAUAAUACAUGAGUGAUACUCAGAGUUCCCUGUGUAACUCAGCCUGCAGCCUUGUGCCUUUAUAUGGUCACAGAACAACCCCUCAGUGACUUCUAAUAUCCUUAUCAUUUACAGUAGGGUGUACAUUAUCCCUUAUAAUACACGAGUGAUACUCAGAGUUCCCCCCUGUAUAACUCAGCCUGCAGCCCUGUGCCUUUAUAUGGUCACACCCCUCAGUGACUUCUAAUAUCCUUAUAUAUACCUCCCAUCCCCCAUAUACACUCUGUGCUGCACUUACCUACACUAUCCCGUGUACACGCUUAAAUCUGGUGUGUGUAGCACUGCUGUAUGCCUAUGAUGUUAUCCAAUCGCAAGUGAGAUGGGAAAAGUGUGGGGAAUAAAAAGGAUGCUUUGUGCAACACUAGCACGUCACCUCUCUCACUCUCCCCCAGGCUACGUAGCACAGAGCAGCGCAGGGGAAGCGACUGGCAUAGGAGUUACGCUAGACAUAUGCGUAAAUACAGCAAUUACACGUUUUAGCGCACAUUACUAACAGGUACAUGGAACAGGCCAACUUCAACGCACCGUCCCUUCUUUUAAGUCACUGACAGACCCUGUGCACUACACCACGCUGCACUACUAAGCUGGACAGCAAACUACAACUCCCAGCAGUCCCUCACACAUAAACUACCCCACUCAUCCUAUCUGCACCCAAAUUAGGACUACCAUUACAAAGGCCACGCAUUCACAACUAGAGGUUUGCUUUUAGGAUUUCCAAACACAACAAAGUGAAAAGGAAUGUAUUCCGAAAUAAAAAGGAGAAAGUGACGAGGCUGGUGAAUGACAUUUAUAAGAAAACACCGGCCCCGGGACUCCACAGAAUGAAUGGACAGUAUGGCACUCACAGGCUACAUAGGCGAGUGCAACGAGCAGCUUCAUCAUCCUCAUAUUGAUUCCAGUCAGCAGCCGCUGGAUCCGGGUCUUCACCAUCACCGGCCAGGCAACGUAUACAAGCUGGGCUCAAAGCCGGUGAGUGGUGACAUGGAACCCGUCGGUAGAGCAAUUAAAUAGAGGGGGGGGAGGGAAAAAGCUGAGCAACAGGGGAACCCAGGAAGAAGAGGCUGCCCACAGAUCUUCUUGCAGUCUCCGCCCUCAUGGCUCAGCCCUCCCUCUUCCCUGUAGCCUAGGUGUAUCGCUGAAGCAGACGGCACGCAGGCAUAAAAAAUAGUAAAAGUACUACGCCACGGCCACAGAUAAUAAAGCGGCCUGGCUGAGCAGCAGUUCGCGGUUUUUCAAAGUCCAAACCCGCGGCUGCAAUCAAAACUAGCCUAAAACUAGCCCUUGGCGGGUUUGGACUUUGAAAACCCGCCGAUGAAAUUGAAAACCAGCCCAAUUUGGCGGAAAACCCGCCAACCCUGCUUACCCACAGUGCGACAAUAACUUAGUCUACCUCAUUACUCCCUCUCACCGCGGCUACGUGACGCUCAUUUACGUGUGCUGUGACGUCACAAUCUCGCGACUUGGGACUGCUGGAUUCGGAAAGAGUGAGGGAGACAGACUUUGCUCGUUGCUACACUGUAAGACUUUGAAACAGCGAUCCGGAAUUGCGGCCUGUGUUAAGAAAACCCAAACUGGUCUCGGAAACGAGUGAUAGUAGGGAGUGACAAAGGGAGGAACUCCACGGGCGAUUUCGGUGCGAACCAACACGCUGCGAAAAAACGCAGGCGUCAAGUCAGAUGCGACGGAAACAAGGAAGAGCCAUCUCUAGUAAUCGGCCAGAACUUAAGCAUCAGGAGAUCACAAAGAGGAAGCAGCUAUCAAUACCAGGAAUCGUCCCAGAAGGUUACUUUGGGUGGAGGUCAGAGCAGAAAAUGAUAUGUAGAUGACAAAUGGGCUACAGUUGGGAGCUGCAUGUAAAUCACACAAGGGCUCCAGAAUUCUGGAAAAAUCUCCUGUACAGUCUAUAAAGAAAAAAUCCUGUUGGAAUCAACUUUUGUUUACCGGUCUAAACCAACCAGAGGACCAGAGGACUAAACCAAUGUUAACUAUAAUCAAGUCUUAGUUUUCCUCUUGUGAAUCUUAAUACCUCUUCCCAAUCAUCAAAAAUGGUUGAAUGUUUUAGCCUGACAAAAAGCUGUGAAACAUUUUCCCCCCUUGUGGAUGUUUAUACCUGUAUUGGAGCAUGACAAGUUUCAGGUCUUACCAAAAUGAUGGCUUGGAGGCCGGGGGAGCAUCGGUGAAAGGAAAUGAUUUCCGUGCUGUAGAGUAUUACCCCCAUGGAUACUGGGCGCAGAACCGCAAUGGCGUCCAGCUUUCUUCCUCUGGGGAUGCUUCAAGGACUAAUGCCAUUACCCCCGCAAUGCCAAAGAUGGGCGUCCGUGCCCGUAUUGCAGAUUGGCCUCCAAAGAAUGAAGCCAUAAAAGAGUCUUUAACUUCCAGCCGUUCACAGGAUAUGGAAGGGCUAAAUGAUUUUCUUCCAAAUAGAGGCUUUCAAAAUGUGCAGCAUUUUCAAACUUGUGCGGGCUCCCCAGCAUUUAGGGGCAUUCAUAGGUUGUCAAGGAAAAGAUCAAAGGAUGUUGAAUUUCAGGAUGGUUGGCCAAGGUCCCCUGGAAGAACUUUUAUUUCACUUCGAAACAGAAGCAACAGUGAAAUCACCCUUAGUGAGUGUGAUAUGGAUGAGGCAAUUGAACCCAGAGGUACAAAGUUCAGUAAUGGCAUGCCUCUCUUUAGAGAAUAUGGUAGCACUUCAUCGAUCAAUAUACAAGGUAUCUCGGAACAAAGUUUUUUUGAUAUGCUAAAAGACUUUAAAAAUGAAAAGCCUGACCUGGGUGGUGAGUCACCAGACCAAGGGAAUAGUCUUCUCAGAGAGGACUCCAGUAUGGCUUCCAGCCUACAUCUGAUAGGAAGCUCUUCAACAGACCUGAGGAAUGGUCAGUUUCAAAAAGAUGAUUCUGGCCUAAAAGACAAAGAAAAGUCACGCAAAAAGAACACCAAGGGGGAUUCUAGUGACUCGUCAAUCUUUCGAAAGCUACGAAGCAAUAAAAGUGAAGGUGAGCCAGGCAGAUCUUUUAAUGAGCCAGAUGAAAGCAUCAAACCUUGGUUAUGCCCAAAAACACUUGCACAUUAUGAUGUACAGAGCAUGCUUUUUAAUCUCAAUGAAGUUGCAGCUAACCGAACCUAUGUUGCUCAAAGGCGGAACACUACAACUGGGGCCUCUGCUGCAUCCGCUGUGUCCUUGGCAGUGUCAAGAGCAUAUGGUCUAGGAAACAUUGACCCAAGUUUCACCAGUACAGAAGACUUGAACUUCAAGGAGAACCUUGGACAGGAUAUGGGAGACAACAAUAGCAAUGAACUACUCCUUAACUGCCCUCAUUUCAGGAAUGAGACAGGUGGAUUGAGUGAACGUAAUGUGAGUUUCUCUAAAGCAUCUCGUUGCACCCCUUGUGCCAGUGAGGGAGGAUUCCUAGAGCCCUCACUAACCAUGUACUGUACAAAUGCUAGUAUCUCUGUGGUGGAAGUGUCUAAGGAAAAGCAAAAGAGCCAAGGACGUUUAAAACAUUAUAGCAUUGAACACGUGGACUUAGGAGCAAGAUAUUAUCAGGAGUACUUUCACAGCAAAGAACACUGUAACUACUUUGGUGUGGAUGAUAAACUAGGUCCUGUUGCUGUCAGCCUAAAAAGGGAGAAGCUGGAAGACAGCAAGGACUAUGGACCACAGUACCAUUACCGGAUCAUCUUCAGGACCAGUGAGCUGGUCACUCUGAGGGGUAUGAUCCAGGAGGAUGCGGUACCAUCUGCAGCCAAACAUGGAACUUUGAGGGGGCUGCCACUGAAAGAUGUACUGGAAGCUGUAAUCCCUGAACUUAAUACCCAGUGCCUGCGGCUGGCAAUGAAUUCAUCUAAAGUCACUGAGCAACUCCUGAAAUUGGAUGAACAGGGGCUUUGCAGAAAACACAAAGUUGGAAUAUUGUAUUGUAAGGCCGGUCAGAGUUCCGAAGAAGAGAUGUACAACAAUGAGUGCGCAGGACCAGCCUUCGAAGAAUUUAUUUCUCUACUUGGAGAUAAAGUCUGUCUUAGAGGAUUCAGCAAGUAUGCGGCCCAGCUGGACACUAAAACGGAUUCUACGGGGACACAUUCUUUGUACACUAGCUACCAGGACUAUGAAAUAAUGUUCCAUGUGUCUACUCUACUUCCCUAUACUCCAAAUAACCGACAACAGCUCCUCCGAAAGCGACACAUAGGAAACGACAUUGUGACUCUCAUCUUCCAGGAACCUGGUGCCCUUCCCUUUACGCCUCAGAAUAUACGAUCUCAUUUCCAACAUGUUUUUAUUAUUGUAAGAGUCUAUGACCCCUGCACUGAGAGUGUUCGUUACAGUGUGGCUGUAACCAGAUCAAAAGAUGUCCCACCGUUUGGGCCUCCGGUACCCAGUGAAGUACCUUUCCGCAAGUCUGAUGUCUUUCGGGACUUUCUUUUAGCCAAGGUUAUCAACGCUGAGAAUGCAGCACAUAAGUCGGACAAAUUCCAUACCAUGGCUACCCGCACCCGACAAGAAUACAUUAAGGACCUAGCUGAGAAUUAUAUCACCAAUACACCCAUUGACACAACAGGCAAAUUCAACCUCAUUUCUUUGACAUCAAAGAAGAAAGAGAGGACCAGACCACGCAUAGGGAGUGAGAUGCAAAGUGCUGGGGCUUUGUCCUGGCGAGUAGCAGCUCAAGAUUUCUCUCUGGGUGCAGAAACAGAGUGUGCUUUAGGAAUCUCAAAUGAGUUCAUGGUUCUUAUUGAAACUGCUACUAAAGAAGUGGUCUUUAACUGUUACUGUGCUGAUGUGAUUGGUUGGACACCAGAACCAUUAUCCCUCAAAAUAUUUUAUGGCAGAGGAGAUCAUAUAUUAAUACGCCCUUUGGAUGGUAAUGGUGAAGACAUAAAGGAAAUAGUGCAAAGGCUGAAGAUAAUGACCACAGGGUGUGAGACAGUGGACAUGACACUACGGAGGAAUGGGCUCGGUCAGCUUGGUUUCCAUGUCAAAUAUGAUGGAACGGUUGCUGAAGUAGAAGAGUAUGGAUUUGCUUGGCAAGCUGGUCUGCGUCAGGGCAGUCGUUUGGUGGAGAUUUGCAAAGUGGCAGUUGUGACACUCACACAUGAUCAGAUGAUUGAUCUUUUGCGCACUUCCGUCACUGUCAAAGUGGUCAUCAUUCCUCCCCAUGAGGAUGGGGUGCCACGAAGGGGAUUGUUUGAAUCCUAUGAACUUAACUCUGUGGAACACAAGGAAAUGGAGAAUUCCACCCCUGCAACUCGUCCACCCAUCCACAACAAUACAGCCUGGAAGUGGAGUGGAUCUGCCACCCACCAUGGAGCCAGUCCUUCCCAGAAAUGGGUAACUCCAAGCCAUGCACUAUCCCUAAAUAGACUGCCCAAGCAAGCAAUAUCAGUGUCUUCCCGGGAUCCACAGGCUCUUCAUGGGAGCAGGAGGCCGGUGAGUUUCCCUGAAACGCCGUAUAUUGCUGCAUCACCUGCCGCUGUAGACAAAGGACAACCUCAUAGACAAACAUCUGGAAGUUUCUCUACCCCAAACUCAGGAGGCGCAAGCUACAGCCGACACAAGGCAACUCCGGAUAGCAGAACUGGAACACCCCAGCGCUCAAUGCUGCAGUUGGAACCGUACUACAUACAAGAAGGGAUACCAAGUCCUGAGAAAUAUCCAGCAGGCACUGGCACUCAGGAGAUGAACUCAGAGCGACAUAAGUCUGAACCGAUGUGGCACAUUCCAGCCCAGAAUCGUGCAGGCACGGGUGUAAACAAAAGGCCUGGCAGGCAGGAGAUACCAGGGAAGAAUUCUCCUCACAGCCAUUCACGUGGUGAGCCACAGUAUUCUAGCCACUCCAGCAGCAACACACUAUCCAGCACCGCCUCCAGCAACCAGAGUGACGAGCGCUGGUUCGAAACCCCAGAACAGCCGGAUUUAGAUCUUGAUCAUCUCUCCAAAGGCACUUCCAACGACAGUGGCAUCGACACCACCCUUCCUAAUUUUCCCCACACCAAACCUGCGCAGCCCACCCCACGCAGGGACAAGCCACAGAAACCAGUGGCCUGCUCCACUUAUCCAGGCAUGCACGACAGCAGCUCCAGGGAAAAAAGGAAGGAGUCCUUGUCCUCCAGCAAGGGGUACAGACCCAAACUUUACUCACCGGGGAACACUGGAGGAAAUGUUUUUAACCAAACAAGGACAAGCAUUUUUAAGUCCCCUGAAAGUUCCAACCCUCCCCAAAUGACACAGUCCAGUUCGUUCCAUUUGUCCAGCUCUGUUCCCAAAUCAUUCUUUUCCCGUCAGAAUGUGAGAAACAAGAUUCCAGCAGGGUGGAAGAAGCCAGAACAUACUCCAUCGACACAAGCUACAUUCACAGACCCAAAGAAGCAAGUAGAUGUGAACACAAAGAACGUUUUUGGUCAGCCCAGGCUACGAGCCUCACUCCGAGACUUGCGAUCACCUCGCAGAAACUACAAGUCCACCAUUGAGGAUGACUUGAAAAGGCUUAUUUUAAUGGAUAAUUUUGGAUCAGACCACGAGCAGGACUGCAUGUCUCCCCAAAAGACCUUGCAGAGAACACUUUCAGACGAGAGCCUCUGCAGCGGCCGCAGGGACCCAGGGUUUGCCUGCUCUUCUGGAAUGGAUUCCUCUUUAAGUGGGGAUGCCUUGUUCACCAGCUGCUACCCAUCCAACACAAUGCCUGUCCGCUGGCAGCAAACGCCCAGCCUAUUGGAGAAAAGUGCGAAUAUCUCUUCCUCGGAGCUGUCUCUCACUGAGAUACGUGACUCAAAUGCAUCGCAGAUGGACCCCGGCAUGAUGCCACUUCCAGAAACUGCUUCUGGGCUAGAGUGGUCAAGCUUGGUCAGUGCUGCUAAGGCUUAUGAAGUGCAAAGAGCUGCUUCACUUUUUUCUCUGAAUGAAGUUGCUGAGCUCCGUCCUGUACCGAAUACUGGCACCACUCACCUGAGCCUAGAACGACCGCACACUCCACGAAGCACACCUACAUCCAGUGGUGAGUUGACCCCAGACCUAACUGGUAAGGUGUUGCAGUUGGAGGUUUUGCUGAAGCAGCUUCAUACGGAUCUGCAGAAGGAAAAGUUGGACAAAGAAGUGUUAGCGGCUGAAGUGGCCUGUCUCCGGCAGAACAACCAGCGACUUCAGCAAGAGUCCAGUAAUGCCAGUGAGCAACUCCGGAAGUUUGCAGAGAUCAUCUCCAGCACUGUGGAGAAAAAGGACUAAGACUUCAUCGUUGUGUAUAUUCUCGAUCAUCUUCCACUUCCUUUGGAAACACUACUGCGGCCAUUUUUGUAUGAACAGACCGACCAAUGGGACCUUACUCUUAACUGGAGUCUCUUUUACUUUUAUAUUGUUCAUAUCCUUCAAAACAAAAGCUGUUCAGAAACUGCAUUUUGUUUUCUUCAUCGUGGAACCAAGAGAAUUAGUUUCUCCGUAUAAUCGUUGUGUAUCUACGUGUACAGAACCAGUCUGCCGUUUGUAGAUUGAUAUCAAAAUUCCUGGAUAUUUAUAACUCGAGAUUUAUGCAAAAAAGGACAACUCCCAGCAGAAAGGGACACACAGCCGGAAAAUAAUGUUAUAUAUCUAAAUAUAUAUAUAUUUAAUUUGUACAGGAAAAAUUCUAUUUAGGGACGUGGGGCUUAAAAUUACUCAUUUGAAAUUGUGAAAAGCUUUGAUAUAAAUUUAUUUUAUUACGACACUACUGGGCGAUGGGAGCGGCAAAGGUUUCUGCAGUGAUCCUGAUGUAUAUUUUGUUAAUAGAACGUAUUAAUAGCGAUGCAUUUUGUUAGGGAAAAUCCGAUUUCGAGAGUUGUCUGAAGCAAAUGCGGUAAGUUGUUGUUAUUACAGAAUUCUAAAACCACUUGCUGUUUACGCCGUUCACGUGUUACACGGGAGGAACGAACUAUAAUUCUAUACUAAAUGAUAACAUUUCAAAGAAUCAGUAUAUAAUAUUCCAUCACAUCUACUGUAUAAAAUGCACUUUCCUUCCAUUCCAAAUUGUACGAACAUGUGCCUAAAAGCAAAUUAGGCUUAAUAAACAAUAUAAAAAAGUUUUCAUUUCUAA